AGUUUCACUGGCUGAACAACGUGAAGUACGAUAUGUGUGUCUGCUGCCCAGUCUGUUCUCAACCAGGUUCGGGAAAAUGCCACGAUCAUGACGUGCGUGGAUGUGAGUGUCUACACUUUCUGUCAGAAUCUGAUUUGCGAGAGCGUCAACAUUGCAACAGGCCAGGACGUAUCCUUCCUGGAGAUUGCAGGAUUCGGAUCCAGCAGUUCAAAUGUUGGUUCUUAUUUGGAGAAGAAAAGGAAGGUGCCGGCAAGUCAACGAAUCAGCAGCUGCAAGCUCUUCACGCAACGAGUCGAGGCUCCUUCAGUGCAAAAGGCAUAUUUUCCGUAGAAGGAACGAAACGGAAAGAUCUUGCGCUGCCCGAGAGUAUCAAUACUUCCAUCCAGUCCAUUCCACUCAAUUCAGCAAGUGAUGUCAAGGAUAUUGUGAUUCAGUUUCGAGAAGCUCUGCAGUUGGAACCAGCAUCUUUGGUCAGUCCAGAGCCUGAGACGAGAAUUAUGAUUCGUGCCCUUGCCCUGAGAGCUAAAUCUGAGAAACGGGAUGAUUUGGUGAGACACUUACGAGAGAUUACGCCUGCUGGUACUACUGGACCGUUGCUGAAUGACGAUAUGUCAGUUGGUUGCAUGCCACAUGAACAAUACAAGGAUUUGACAUUCAGCCUCUCGGUUCGAGGGAGGUGGAAACUGUUGGCAGAAAGGCUGGGUUUCUCCCAAAUCGAGAUGUGCUUUUUAGAUGAGAGAGUUGUGAAUCCUUCUGACGUUGUUCUUGGCGCUGUGGCAAAGCAUCGCCACCUGAGUGUUGGAGAAAUCUAUGACAUCUUGGUCGACUGCGAGCUACCAGUUGUUGCAGAUCUUAUGUAAUUGAAUUAGAAUAUGAACAGCGGACGAAGGUGAGCGACACAGCAAGAAGCAGACGCGAAAAACAAGUCAGCAGCCGACGACUUAUUAGCAAAACAUAUAUGAAAUAUUGUAUUUCCUGAAUUUUGCAUCAAAGUGUGAGAGCCAUAAUCUGUGUUAGGCAACAAUUUUAGCAGUUUUAGAGUCACUUACAAUCACACUUGUAUAAAGUAAAAAGAAAAAGUUAUAGAUCGAAUUUCAAAUUAAGCCUUCGUUCAUCUCGUGGUCAGAUAACAAGCUUUCUUUUAUUAGUUUUCCAUUUGGAUGCUAUACUAGUUUUUUCUAAUAUUUGAAUAGAUUGAUUUUCGUAUAAAACGUUUGUUAGGUGACAAGAAGUAGUAUCACGACUUAAUCAAGCUUAAAAGCAGA